AUGAAUAACAAGGAUUGUGUUUCAUUUAAAGGCCACCCAGCAGGUGUGACAGGAAAGUUGUAUCGUACUCUCCUGAAAAGACAGCGCUGCUUUCUUGCUGCGGUGGUGGACAUCAACGAGUUUAAAACCUCAAAGGUGGGUCCCAAAUUGCCAAAUCAAGUGCCCUUCUCUAGAAGUAAUGUCAUUUUCGUAGUACGAAUUUCGGACGGCUCCAGCGUUUAUGGUACCAAUGCCUGCAAAACCUGUGGUAUAAUAUGGCAAAGAGACGUCAAUGCGGCCAAAAAUAUGCUUACUAUUGCAAAUUCCGUAUGGGAACACAAUGGCCGCCCCGACAUUUUCUAUCGCCAUCGCCAUAACGAAAAUGGUGCUGCAGGUUCUAUACCGACGGCUUAAAGAUUUUUACGCGUUUAG